AUGAACGUCUCACGGCCGGUGAGCCGCGCCCUCCGUGCCGUCCCGCGGUUACGCCCGGCAUCGCCAUGGCGGCGGCCUCUACCACCCUCCGCCUCCGGUGCCGUCGCCGGCCGUCAGCUCCGGCCCUACUCCGACGUCUCUGCCGCCAAUCUGCAGUUCGGCCAGCCCGUACAUGAGACUCACCCUCACAUUCUCAAGGCUGGAGAGAUCACACCAGGCAUAACAGCCCAAGAAUACCACGACCGCCGCGCCCGCCUCGCCGAGCGCCUCCCGGACAACGCCGUCGCCGUCCUCGCCGCCGCAGACCUCAAAUACCGCUCCGGCGCCGUCUUCUUCCCCUACCGCCAAGACUCCAACUUCCUCUACCUCACCGGCUGGAACGAGGGCGACUCGGUCGCCGUCAUCCGCAAGACCGGCAAGGACUACGGCGACUACGAGUUCCACCUCUUCGCCAGGCCAAAAGAGCCCGUCGCGGAACAAUGGAUGGGCGCCCGCAACGGCGUCCAGGCCGCCCUCGACAUCUUCAACGCUGACAAGGCGGACGACAUUGCCCGCAUCGACCGCUGCCUCCCCGAGAUCCUCAAGGGCGCGAGUCGGGUCUACACCGACAUCCCGAGGCCCGGCAACGAACAGAACUCGGCCAGCAACGGCAGCAGCAAGCUCGUGGCCAGCCUCAUGAACUCGGACAAGUCCUGGUUCCCCUCCGUCCGGAUCCCGCUCUACCCCGUCAUCAACCAGCUCCGCGCCAUCAAAUCCCCCGCCGAGAUCGCCAACAUGCGCCGCGCGGGCCAAAUCUCCGGCCGCGUCAUCACGGACGCCAUGCGCCGGUCCUGGACCAGAGAAAAAGACCUCCACGCCUUUUUGGACUACCGCUUCGCCGCCGACGGCUGCGACGGCCCGGCCUACGUCCCCGUCGUCGCGGGCGGACGCAACGGCCUCUGCAUCCACUACGUCGUCAACAACAACACGAUCCCCCAAGACGAAAUGCUCCUCGUCGACGCGGGCGGCGAGUACGGCACCUACAUCACCGACAUCUCCCGCACCUGGCCCGCCGCGGGCAAAUUCUCCCCCGCGCAACGAGACCUCUACGAGGCUGUCCUCGCGGUUCAGCGGUCCAGCGUCGCGCUCUGCCGCGAGGACGCCAACCUUUCUCUAGACGAAAUCCACGAGCGCACCUCGGCGGGCCUGCUCGAGCAGCUGAAGAGCCUCGGCUUCGAGGGCGUCACGCCGCGCGACGUCGACGUGCUCUUCCCCCAUCACGUGGGGCACUACGUCGGGCUGGACGUGCACGACGUCCCCGGCUACGGGCGGCGGACGCCCCUGAGGAAGGGCCACUGCGUGACGAUCGAGCCGGGCAUCUACGUCCCGGACACGGACCGGUGGCCGGAGCAUUUCAGGGGUAUGGGCGUGCGGAUCGAGGAUAGCAUCUGCGUGGACGAGACGUCGCCGUAUAUACUGACGACGGAGGCCGUGAAGGAGGUUGCUGAUAUUGAGGCUCUGAGAGACUAG